AUGCUUGAAUCACAACCAAACAUAACAAAAGUUCAUCGAGAUGAAAGAAAGUAUAUUAUAGGACCCAAUGGUGGUAAAAUUGGGAUAGCUUGUCAAGAGGCAUUGGUAACGUUUGGUAGUACAGAGAUGACGAUUGAAAUUUUAAGUUCCGAAAUAGGAGUCUCUAAAGAAGAAUAUAAAAGGAUGAUAGGAAAUGGACUUACAGAUGAGUUAAAAGAAACCAGACCUGAGCUUAUUAAUUUUAGAUUAUGGGCUCAAAAAACAAAACUUUAUGUGAUGGGUAAUAACAAUUCGAAUGAUAAUAAACCAGAAAUCGUGCAAAAAAAAUUCGAAGAAGAGGAACGUUAUUUGGCAAGCGACGUUGACUUUGUUGGUAAAAAUUAUUCAUAUCAUUUUAUAAAAAGUCAUUUAUUUCAAAGUAAUUUUUCCGCACCGAUCGAGGACAGACUAAUUCAAGGAGGAUGUAAAGUACUUGAUGUUGCAUGUGGUUCUGGAACAUGGUUAUUAGAUUUAUCAACUAAUUAUGAGAAUUCUCACUUUUCGGGACUUGAUUUUCAAGCGAUAUAUCCACAAGAGAUAAAACCUCCGAAUUUAGAUUUUAUCAAAGCAGAUAUAUUGGAUGGAUUACCAUUCCCUGAUAAUGAAUUUGACUUUGUACAUCAAGAUACAUUGACAUAUGAUUUACAAAGAAAUCAAUGGGAUUUUGUUUUGUCUGAGCUUAUUAGAAUAACCAAACCAGGUGGUUUCAUUGAAAUUACCGAAUUGUAUUUUUCGUAUAGCGAUUUAGGUCCAAUUCUUUACAAAUUACUUAAUGGAUUGCGCAUGCAUCUCAAAAAACAAAUGGUGGAUACGGAUGUGAUGUAUGAUCUUGAGCCAAUGCUUAAAUCACAACCACACAUAACGCAAGUUCAUCGAGAUGAAAGAGAGAUUAUUAUGGGUCCUCAUGGCGGUAAACUUGGUUUGGCUUUGCAAGAAGUAUAUGAAAUAUUUUCUAGCACAGAAAAGACAAUUGAAAUUAUAAGUUCUGAAAUGGAAGUUUCUAAAGAAGAAUAUAAACAAAUGAUAGGAAAAAAACUUACAAAAGAAAUUAGUGAAAUUGGGCCAAAGUUUUAUAUUUUUAGACUAUGGACUCAAAAAGUAAUUAAUUGA